AUGCACCGACCGCGAGCCGACGGCAGAGAGCAGUUGAUUAGUGUGCGACCGCGUCCCCUAUUCAUUUUCUCGCUCAUGUCAUGCUCAAGGCUCAAGCUCAUGCUCAUGGCCUCACAUGCCAUGCCAUGCCAUACCAUGCCUUGCCAUUGCUCGCCCCCGCGACGAGGCAUCAAGAAGGACGGGCCGCUGCCCUCGCAAUACAAGCACAAUUGGAGAUGCUUCCACUGCUCCCACGACUCCAAAGCUUUGGCUGUGAAUCCACAUGGACCUACUGCCUCCUAUCUCCUACCUCCUACCUCCUACCUCCUAGGAGGUAUUUCCAGGGUCGAAGACGGCCACCAGUACUUCUACCUCCAGCGAACAACAACAGUCUACACUCCACAACAGCAGACUCAGACUGCGCAGACGGCGCGUGCAUCCGAGCGGCCAAUCAGCCUCCACGUGCAGGCAAUAGCAAGGUCAAUAAAUAGAUCGCACGGACUGGACCAGCACGGUGCUGGGAGCAUCUCCCAUGUCAUGUCAAUAACUUUGUGUGAUAAUAAUACUCCACUAAAACGUGCCUUACUGUACUGCAUGCAGCAGGAGCGCCGGCUCCACUCCCACGGGCUCAACAAGAAGGAACAUUUCCAUCCCACUGCGCUCGCACGUGGGAAGGAGCCUCCUGGAGAGAUCGCUCUUGCCAUACCAACAACAACAACAACACCACCACCACCACCACCACGCGUAGAGCGGCACUGCGGACAGCAGACUUUUCUCGACCGCCGACUGGCAACCGCUAUCAUGACCGCAACAAACAUCCGGCAUCUCGUGCAAGCUGCCGGCAACGAUGAACGGCGAACCAUGUCAGUUGCCGUCGCAGCGUCGCAGUUCCACGUCGCGGGAACGAUGAAACACGACAGACAGCAGCUCACCGCGCACUCCUUCUACGCAGGUUACAAGAACGAUCCGGCGAGGCAGCUGCCCACAGAGUUGAUGAUACACAUCUUCGGCUAUCUGCCCCUGUUCGACGCGUGGCGGCUCCAACUCGUGUGCAAAUCGUGGCACCUCUGCCUAUCCGCCGACGCUACCCAGCGCGCUCUUCUGGCGAGAUGGGAGACUCAUAGCCCAGCGGACUCGGCGCGCUCAUGCGAGCAGCAGCAGCAGCAGUCGGUGACGGACAUGGUGAGGCACAUGCGAGCUUGGUGCCUCAAUCUGCCGUUCUCGACAGCCAAGAUACAAACCGGUCGUGCUGUUAUGCAGCGCGGCCUACAGUCGCAAGCGCAGCGGACAUUGGCCUUGAGUGGUGGGCGAUUAGCAUUCCUCGACAGUGAUGUUCACCUCGGCGACGUAGUCGUGGUGCGCAACCUGCUGUCUGAGAUGCCAGACUAUCGUCUAAGACCUGCAGCUAGAGAGCGUAUCAUGGCUCUUGCACUGACCAAGAAGCUUGUUGCGUGCCUUACCUUCGCGGGGAAAAUGUAUGUCCAAGCUUUGCCGGACACUUCAGGUCCGUUGAAAGCCAUCACGUUGCCCUCGAGUUCCGUCACAGCGUUUCACGCAGAUGACAAUGUGAUCGGACUUACCGUCGGCAACGCUGGCGGCCCGACAGGCUCCCUAUUGUUGUACAGUCAUGCCACUGGACGAAUGGCCCAGCAGACGAUUCGUUAUCCAUCUCCCACCGAGACUGCACCUGUUGAAGGCUCCCACUCGCCUCCAGCCAAUGCUUCACCGGGCGUUCCGCGCAUAGCACCAUCGUCCAUGCUAGUGAAUGAGACUACUGGAACUACAGACCUCUUCUACUCUUCUGAAGUGGCUUUGGCCCAUGGUACUGAUGACCAGUCAGAGUUUCUGUGGUUCGCGCAUCAGCGAUAUCACAACAAGCCUGGUCAGCUUGGAAGAACUGAUCUAGCGGCAGUAGAACAAGAAGACGUGUUGCGGUUGCCCAUGCAACCUGACCUUAUAAGACUUGAAGGUGGCGCUUUGGCAGCACCUCAUCCUACCGGUUUACGCUCACAGUGGGCUUUCUCCACUUCUUUUGCAAAGACCAUGAAUCACGUUCGACCACUGACUUGUAUGAUACCCAUGUUCGAUGCCAAGAAGGGAAAGCUAUACAGACAGCACUACCCCUUUCCGGAUCAUUAUAGUCCUCAGGACAUUCGGCGCUUGUCAAUAUGGAAAGGAGCUGUACACACUCACCCUCGUCUUAGUGACAUCACACCAAUAUACAAAAUCAGGGACGACGCGUCGCCUACAGAAGGACUACCACCGUCUCGACGAUGGGUGGAUGCAGUGGCACUCCUGGGGGAGGCUCACGGUGAGAUGCAAGAGGUUGCACUCAACGAUUCGUUUCUGGUCCUGAAAUCGAUUAGUUCACCACCGGAAACAUCUUCUAGUCACAUUACUAUUUGGUGCUUUGAGAGUAAUUUUGAUUGGAGAAUGGACGGGAAGACCGAGGUUUGGGACUGGGAUCUCAACGAGAUGGCGAACAAGGCGAAAGACCUGCAAGAUCCACAUGGCACGGCAAGAAGACAUGUCAGCUGUGAGUUGCCCGCAGAGGUAGUAAUUAGGUCGUUGCCGUAAGAAUGUCCUAGCUGGCAGAUUUCUGCGAUAUGCAAGUGAUAUAUGCGAAUAGGCUGCGAGGGAGAGAUACUUGUUGGAACAGAAAGAGGAGAGGAGCUGUUCAGAAGUCGAAAAUGCAACAAUAGGAUAAAUAAGGGUACAGUACUACGCUCACAAGUUACGAAAUGGUAUCAUCGACAAGAAAAGAGUACUCGCGGCGCAUCGGUAACAUAAAUUCUUCACAAGUCGCCGCCAGUCGUAUAUGAUACCCCAACAUUUGGAGAUGAAGGGGCGUCCGCCGAGCGCCUCCGACUCGCUCUGAUCCGCAUCUGGUGGUACGCAAUACCCCGAGAAUGCAACUUGGCAAUGGCCUUUCGAUCGAGUACGACCUUGUCCCAAUUUCUUGGGAGCCUUCUGUCGGCGAGCAAUAAAGUGAGCUUCAUGUUCCGCGCCUUGAAUCGGAUGUCCUCUGCGCUUCUUUGCAUGAGCUUCGCUUCUCCUGUUUCUUCGAGAGAUCGAUCAAUGGCUUUGAGACUGGAGUAGCUGAUGCUUUCUUCCUCCUCCACAUGGUCCACAAUGAGAUCGAUCAGUGCGCUUUCCUCUUCGUCUGUCCAGGGUUGCCGAAUUUGAGGUGGGCGUCUCUGCGUAGAGCUGACGCGGUUGUAUGCGGCAUCUUCCUUUGCCUGUCGGUAGAACUCGCUCGACGGGACUUCGGGGUCUUCAGGGUGUGGUCGUGAUCGUGGUGGAGGGAUCGAUGCGCCGGGAUUCUUGCGUUGUCUCUUGGCAGGGCUCGGCUGUGUAGACGCGUACUGUCUCGAGAGCUCUGUCCCUGCCCCUGGGCUGCCUUGAGACGCAGUGGUAGCGGAGCGUUGCGGCGCUCUCUGUGUUGCCUGCUGGAACGCCACUUCGGCGCGCCUUUGCGCAGCAUUGCUGUAGUCGCGGACACUGUUCUCAAAGCCAGCAUCCGGUGUGGGCUCAAAGUCGUCUAGCGCCUCGUCUUCCAUCUCUGCAUGAGUGCGUUUGGGUGCAGUCGAUGUAGUCUCCGGCUGACUAUCUUCGAACAUGUUACUGCUGAUGCGCUCCGCAUUGGCCUGCCGAUCGAUCAGACGAGCCUUUUCCUUUUUGGCAUUCUGUCUCUGGGCGGCAUUGAGCCUAGCGACGGCUUGUUGCGCAGUCGACUGGGGCGCCAGCUCAGGCUCCUCGUGCUCUUGUGCCUCUGAAUAAUCUUCGAGUUCUUGCUGAGCUCCAAAGUCGUGGACGAUAACGUCCUCACCUUGCGGAGGGGCAGUCGGUGCGGACAUGACCGCCACGGGUGCAGGCUGUUGCUGCGUGAUCUGCUUCUCCCGUCCCUUCAGCAGGGCCAUGGCGCUUUUUCCACCCAAGCUUUGUCUUGAAGCCUUGCUAGUCAUGGUAUACUCUUGCUUCAUCCGCUCAGCCGUCUUCUCGCUCGCUACACGGUCGGCUUCUUGCUCGAGGCCCUUCACGAUUGCUCCAACCCCGCCCGCAGCUUCUAUGUGUCUAUCCACUUCCUCGGCGCGGGGCCCAUAGUACCUCAGCGUGUUAGACCGAAAGUCAUCCCAGCGGAACUGGGUUUUGAGAUGUCCAUUAGAGGCAGUGGCAUCUAUACCAUCUUGGUCAAAGGGCGCCUUUAAUAAAGUGAGACGCUGUUCGACCAUGUCCAUGCCUCGUUCCCGAUCGUCUUCGCUGGCUGACAUGAAGCCAAAGGCCUUGUAAUGUUUGAAUUCCUCAUUGCCAUCAUUGAAGACGUUGUCAAUUUCCUCGUGGGGAGAGAAGCUUGCGCCGCUGUCAAUGGCAGAGUCUAACCUCCUGAUGGUCACAUGUGCGGCGAUCUCUAGCCAUAGCUGGAGAGCAUAAAAAUCGAGUUUGCCACCAGCAAUGCAAGCUGGAAAUGCCAUGUCCAGGCUCUCCAACGCUCCGGUCGCGUCCUCGGUCCAAUCGGACGGAUCACAAAGGACAAGCACAGCUCGCAACAUGAGCGCCAUAUUGAUUUUGUACAAGAUGUUGUCCGGUCGCCAAGAAGCAGGCUGCACAUCAGCCACGGACUGAACCUUCAGCAAUGCCCGUAGGACGUGAGUCGGUUCGACGUACUCGACGCUCGUCAGAAUCGGUCUCAGGAUGCGUAGAGAGUCCCAGCGUGUGGAGUACAGCUUGUUGUGCUUGGAGCCAGUGCGCUUGAUCUCCUUCCACGUCUCUGGUGGUGUUUUGAGGCCGCUUGGCAGGAGCAGCUGCGCCAAUCUAUCCGCGGCUGUGAGAGCAUCGGGCAGCACAUCACAGAUCACGUCAGGGUCAAGCUUAUUGAUUUCCUCUUGCGAGAACGAUGUCUUUGCAGUGGUGCCCGAGAAAGCCGAACCGAUGGAGGUGCGACGAGUCUGAAGUUCAUUGCGCUCCUCCUCUGCGGUCUGUGCUUCGACCUGGUCUUCGGUGUCCGCCUCGUCCUCUUCGCCAAUGCCAUUCUCGUCGACAGUCGGCAGUUCUUUGGCUGCAUUCUGGGCAUUGUUCUUGCGAGCAUCGCUCUUCGCAGUUGCGACGCGCGGCUCUGCGGAACUCUGUCUGCUGCGAGUUGUACGCGUGUUGGCAGCUUCUUGUGGUUGUGCGCUCUGACUGCGGGUGCGACGGCUUGUUGGUCCUGGCGCGACGGCCGUCGCUGAAUACGCCUUGGCCAUGUUCAUGCAGUGGGCACAGCGAGCCUGCGUCCGUCGCUACGACGACCAGGAGGAUAGAGCUGCGCGGGCGACUGCG